UUGACGAAUUUCUCGCUUGUGUAAUAGAAAAGGAAGAGUAGCGACAUUAUUUGGAGUAUUUGCAGAGCGGGGAGCCCUCUAAGUUUUCCACAUUCCCGCUGCAAAUUCUUGACAAAGUAGAAGAAAUCCGUUACCGCAAAUCUGACAAGAAGCAAUUUAAACAAGUAGUCGGAGAAACAGGGGCGAAAUGGUUACUUCGCAGGUCGUAAAUACGUAUCCUCUUUCGAGCUACACUUUCGGCACCAAAGAGCCCAAGAUGGAGAAAGACACCUCCGUCGCCGAUCGCCUUGCUCGUAUGAAAGUCAACUACAUGAAGGAGGGUAUGAGGACUAGCGUCGAGGGCAUUUUGCUGGUCCAAGAACAUAAUCAUCCCCAUAUUCUCCUUUUGCAAAUCGGAAAUACAUUUUGUAAACUUCCAGGUGGUAGAUUGAAGCCAGGAGAGAAUGAAAUUGACGGUCUGAAGCGGAAGCUCUCUAGCAAACUUGCAGCUAAUUCACCUUCUCUACAGCCAGAUUGGCAGGUUGGAGAGUGUGUGGCAAUUUGGUGGAGACCAAACUUUGAAACUAUCAUGUAUCCUUACUGCCCCCCACAUAUAACAAAGCCUAAGGAAUGCAAAAAGCUCUUCGUUGUUCACUUGUCUGAACGAGAGUAUUUUGCUGUGCCGAAGAACUUGAAACUUCUGGCUGUUCCAUUGUUUGAACUAUACGACAAUGUUCAGAGAUAUGGACCUGUUAUAUCUACCAUCCCGCAGCAGCUAUCCAGGUUUCAGUUCAACAUGAUUCAUCCAUAGAGUACCAGGCCUUCUAAAGCUCUCACAACUAAAGACAGAAAGUGAUUGAUGAUCAUGGUUAAGUGUAGCCAGUCCCAGAUUUGGAGGAGGAGAAUUCAGGACCUAGUUCAUAUCUAGAUUACAUUCCAAGAAAAUUCAGAACAUUCAACUUGUUUUCCAUGUUGACCCUAUUAGACUCAUGAUCCUUCUCUGAAUUGGGCACACCUGACUGAGCCUUACUUCUACUGAGAAAUUAUCUUAUUGUUUAUCUAUGAAUUCAGUUUCCUAUUUUUUCGA